CCGCGCGGGCGGGGGAUGGCAGCGGCUGCCGAGCCCGGCGGCGGCUCCCUGCGCCCCGAGCCGGGCCACAGAUUCCGGAAGGUGACGCUCACCAAGCCCACCUUCUGCCACCUCUGCUCCGACUUCAUCUGGGGGCUGGCGGGCUUCCUGUGCGACGUGUGCAACUUCAUGUCCCAUGAGAAGUGCCUGAAGCAAGUGAAGAUGCCCUGUGCCAGCCUGGCGCCCGGCCUGGUCCGCGUCCCCGUGGCGCACUGCUUCGGCCCGCGCCGGCUCCUGCGGCGGCGCUUCUGCGCCGUGUGCCGCCGGGGCCUGGACUCGCCCGCGCUGCGCUGCGAAGUGUGUGAGCUGCACGUUCACCCCGACUGUGUGCCCUUCGCCUGCAGCGAUUGCCGCCAGUGCCACCGGGACGGGCACCGGGACCCCGACGCGCAGCGGCACCACUGGCGGGAGGGCAACCUGCCUGCGGGCGCGCGCUGCCAAGUUUGCAGGAAGACCUGCGGCUCCUCUGAUGUGCUGGCCGGCGUCCGCUGCGAGUGGUGCGGCGUGCAGGCCCACUCCGUCUGCGCUGCGGUGAUUGCUGCCGAGUGCACCUUUGGGCGCCUGACCAGCUUGACCCUGCCCCCCACAUGCGUGCGCCUGCUGUCCCGAAACUUCAGCAAAAUGCACUGUUUCCGCAUUUGCGAGAGGCUGGCAGAGCCAGGGGACUGGGCGGAGAAUGAGGACAGCAGCACCAGCCCCGGCAGAGAGGGGCCUGCCCCCGAGUCCGGCAAGCAGACCCUGAGGGUCUUUGAUGGCAACGAUGCGGUGCAACGGAACCACUUCCAGGUCAUCGUGGUGCCUCGCCAGGCCCGGAGCGAGGAGGUGCUGGAGGUGGCUCUGCGGGCUUACUACCUCCCUGAGGACCCUGAGAACGUGGAGCUGCAGGCGCUGCCGGCUGCCACCCCUGGGGAGCUGCCCACGGCCUGGGUCCUCCGUGCCCGGCCUCGCACGCAGGAGGUCCUGAAGAUCUACCCCGCCUGGCACCAGGAGGGCGCAGCCUACGUGUCCGUCUGUGUGACCCCACAGAGCACCGCGGGGACUGUGGUGCUGGAGGUCCUUCCGCUGCUCGGGCGCCAGGCUGAGGGUGCCCCAAGCUUCCAGCUGAUGGAAGUGAUCAUGGGGAGCAAGCAAGUCCAGCGGACACCCCUGGCCGACAGUGAGUCACUGCUCGACCGGCUUCGAGAUAUCCGGCAGACGUCUUUGCGGCAGAUGAACCAGGUGCGCUUCUAUGUGGCCGAGAGCAGGGCCGUGGCCCCACGGGUCUCUCUGUUUGUUGGUGGCCUGCCGUGUGGUCUGUCCCCUGAGGAAUACCGCGACCUGCUGGACAAGGCCCUGGCCACCAAAGCUGGCCUGGUGUCCGUGAGCCACGUCUACUCCUCUCAAGGUGCCGUGGUGCUGGAGGUGACCUGCUUUGCUGAGGCCGAGCGUCUGUACAUGCUGGUCCGGGAGACGGCUGUGCGUGGCCAAGCGCUGAGUGCCCUCGUGCUCCCAGAGGUGCUGCACACAGAGCUGCCCCCAGGCUGCCGGCCGCUCCUCGUGUUCGUCAACCCCAAGAGUGGAGGCCUCCAGGGCCGUGACCUGCUCACCAGUUUCCGGAAGCUGCUGAACCCUCACCAGGUCUUUGACCUGACCAAUGGUGGGCCUCUGCCUGGGCUCCACCUGUUUGCCCAAGUGCCGUGCUUCCGGGUGCUGGUAUGUGGAGGGGAUGGCACCGUGGGCUGGGUGCUCGCUGCCCUGGAGGAGAUGCGGCACCGUUUGGCUUGCCCUGACCCGUCGGUGGCCAUCCUGCCCCUGGGCACAGGGAAUGACCUUGGCCGUGUGCUCCGCUGGGGGCCUGGCUACAGCGGGGAGGACCCACUGUCCAUGCUGCUGUCAGUGGACGAGGCAGACGCUGUGCUUGUGGACCGCUGGACCAUCCUGCUGGAUGCUCAGCAGGCCAGUGGUGCUGAGAGCAGUGCAGCCAAUGCCGAACCUGAACCUCCCAAGAUCGUGCAGAUGAGCAACUACUGUGGGAUUGGCAUCGACGCGGAGCUGAGCCUGGACUUCCACCAAGCGCGGGAGGAGGAGCCCAGCAGGUUCACCAGCAGGCUCCACAACAAGGGCAUGUACCUGCGGGCUGGGCUGCAGAAGAUGAGCCACUCCCGGGGCCUGCACAGGGAGGUGCGGCUGCAGGUGGGGCGGCAGGAAGUGGCACUGCCCAGCCUCGAGGGCCUCAUCUUCAUCAACAUUCCCAGCUGGGGCUCAGGGGCUGACCUGUGGGGCUCCGACAACGACUCGAGGUUCGAGAAGCCGCGUAUGGACGAUGGGCUGCUGGAGGUGGUGGGGGUGACGGGCGUCCUGCACAUGGGCCAGGUCCAGGGCGGGCUGCGCUCUGGCAUCCGCAUUGCUCAGGGCUCCUACUUCCGAGUCACCCUCCUCAAGGCCACCCCCGUGCAGGUAGAUGGUGAGCCCUGGAUUCAGGCUCCUGGGCACAUCAUCAUCUCAGCUGCUGGCCCAAAGGUGCACAUGCUGCGCAAGGCCAAGCAGAGGCCCCGAAAGGCUGAUGGGAUGCCUGCCCCGAGUGGGAGCACAGGCUGCUGAUGGACAGACAACCCACAGGUGGAGCUGCUCAGGCAGGUGCCCAGCCUCGUCCUGGGGCAGUGCCAGGCUCUGGCGUCCAUCACUGUCACGGGCCGGAGGUCGCUGUCUGACAGAUACAGGCCAGCCUGGCCACCAGCUCCUAUAGCCCCAACGCCCCUCAGAAGCUGCACCUUCCACUAGGAGGCUCAGUACUGGGAGGGGACCCUGGCCCACUAGGCCUGGCCCAGCCUGGGGGUGGGGGAGGAGACCCUUUCAUCACCCAAGAGGCACCAGCACUUUGUCUUGUCCCACCCCGCUGCAGCUGAUGCCAGGCCUGCCACCAGCUCCCCACACUCUCAUUGCACCUCAGUGGCCGGUCCCGCCCACGCCCUCCACAUAUACACUCACACAACAGUUUCCGUCUUAGUGCUGUAAUUGCUGCACAGGCCCACGCCCUCCAUGGGGUGGCUGUGGUGCUGCGGUGGCCUUGUCUGUGUUUGUGCCUGUAACUGACCACUUCCCACUGUGCCCCAA